UACUGCGCUACCAUCAGACGCUUGCGCAGUAAGUCAGUCGGGUGCAUUGUGGCCGCCGCCCUGGCGGAGUUCAUAGGGGCGGCGCGCGCUCUGAGGUCGUUGUUACGCCGCGCUCCGCCGGGUCGUUGCGCCGCAGCGCCGGUGGCCUUCAGGCCAGGUCGGCGCGGGUCUGCUCAGCUUCGCUGGACCAGAGGUCUGUGAGCCGCCGCCAUGUCAAUCUUCACCCCCACCAACCAGAUCCGCCUAACCAAUGUGGCCGUGGUUCGGAUGAAGCGCGCCGGGAAGCGCUUCGAAAUCGCCUGCUACAAAAACAAGGUCGUCGGCUGGCGGAGCGGCGUGGAAAAAGACCUUGAUGAAGUUCUGCAGACCCACUCAGUGUUUGUAAAUGUUUCUAAAGGUCAAGUUGCAAAGAAGGAAGAUCUCAUCAGUGCGUUUGGAACAGAUGACCAAACUGAAAUCUGUAAGCAGAUUUUGACUAAAGGAGAGGUUCAAGUAUCAGAUAAAGAACGGCACACGCAGCUGGAGCAGAUGUUUAGGGACAUUGCAACAAUCGUAGCAGACAAAUGUGUGAAUCCUGAAACAAAGAGACCAUACACUGUUAUCCUUAUUGAGAGAGCCAUGAAGGAUAUCCACUAUUCAGUCAAACCCAACAAAAGUACAAAACAGCAGGCUUUGGAAGUGAUAAAACAGUUAAAAGAGAAAAUGAAGAUAGAACGUGCUCACAUGAGACUUCGAUUCAUUCUUCCAGUGAAUGAAGGGAAGAAGCUGAAAGAAAAGCUCAAGCCAUUGAUCAAGGUUAUAGAAAGUGAAGACUACAGUCAACAGUUAGAAAUUGUAUGUCUGAUUGACCCAGGCUGCUUCAGAGAAAUUGAUGAGCUAAUUAAAAAGGAGACAAAAGGCAAAGGUUCCUUGGAAGUACUCAAUUUGAAAGAUGUGGAGGAAGGAGAUGAGAAAUUUGAAUGACAUUCAUCAGUGUCUUCAGCUAUAAAGCACAAAAGUGUUUUCAUUUCCCAUGGUACUGUUUCCUUUCUGUGGCCCGCCAAAUACUUGUUCAAACUGUUUGACAUUUUCCAUCUCUGGGUUAAACAUCUACACAAGAAGACUUUCCUACAUCAGUUUAAUAAUGUGGGAUUAAUUUAGUUUUAAUUAUAAAUUGGGGUGUUAGGGUAAAAUGAAAAAUCCAAGAUACGUAAUCCAGACUGACAUUCUGCUGUUUCAUAACCUUUAUUUGAGGCAACUCUUGUGGAUGUAUAAAGUCAACAGGUUUGCACAUUACAGUAAGUAAUAUUUGGGGGAUAUGUCUGUGUGACAAGGGAGCAUUUGCUGGGAGAAAAAGCAUAAUGUAUUAUUUCUGCUCAAUGAAAUGUGUAUAUAGGGUUAACUGUAUUGUAGCCUAAUAUAAAAGUUUGAAUGAAGACUUCCUGAUUAUCUGAAAAAUAGAUAUAUGGUAACAGUACAGGACUUAAAUAAUUUUCAUUGAACAUGCUGCCAUGACUUAGAUUAUUCUUGGUAAAAAUAAAGUCAUUCUAAUUCUUAAAAUUUAUAAUAUAUAUUAAAAUAGCUAAAACUAUAUGUAAUAAAUAAAACCACUCUUAUUUUUGUUCAACUAUGGCUUGUGUGUCUAGACAGCUUCCUAAUAACUCCCUUUCUUUUCUCUGUCUUUUGUCUAAUAGGGUUGGGAAGUUGUUAGGAGGAAUAAAUAAAUCAGCAGUAUGCAGAUUGUUUAGUACAGGGCCUGUUCUGAGAUAAACGCCUGAUAAAUCUUAGCUAAUAUUAUUUGGGAUUUAAUUGAAUAUAACUUUUUAGCAUUUGAACACUAAUAUGGACAAGAUGCAAGUUUUUAAAAAUCUUCUUAUCCUCAAAAGAGAUAUAUUCUAGAAGGUAAAUUAUGGUUUCACUCAAAAUAAAUGGACAGAAGUAUUUUGUGGUCAGAAAUUUUUAUUUUAACUGAAAACAAAUAGUUCUUGGCUUGAAGAGGUCCUGACUGGGUUUAAGGCAAGGGCAGCAUGAGAACUCUCACCCACCCGAUUCCUUUUUAAAGUCCUCUGAACUCUCUUUUGUGCAUCAUGCUUCUUAAACACCCAGAAUUUACUGCUAAUAAAAGUUCUUGGAAAUGUCCCA